CUGCCAGGAAGCAAGGAUAAAGGCAAUGACCAGGAAGCCAUGCAAAGUGUACUUCUGUGACUUCUCAUAUUUCUUCACUAUAUAAAUAUAAACUAACACAAGUGUCUAUCCAUAUGCUUCUUAGCAAUAUAGAAAUCACUUCUUCUUCCUUCUUUUCUUCUCAUUUCCAGUGUCCAAAUCCAUGACUAUAGUAGAGAUGUGGACUCACCUAGGCUCAGCAAUUGCUGGCCUAAUGUUUGCUUGGGCUAUAUUUCAGCAGUACUUCCCACAUCAAAUUCGGGACCAUUUUAGCAGGUAUGGUCAGAAAUUGCUGGGUCUUGUCUACCCUUAUCUCCAAAUUACCUUCCAUGAAUACACCGGAGAACGUCUCAAGCGCAGCGAGGUUUACUCCGCCAUUCAAAACUACCUCAGCGCCAACUCUUCCACGAAUGCCAAGAAGCUCAAAGCUGAUGUUGUUAAAGAUAACCAUUCUGUGGUUCUCACCAUGGAUGAUCAUGAGGAAGUUACUGACGACUUCAAUGGGAUUAAGAUCUGGUGGUCUUCAAACAAAAUAACCCCCCAAACCCAGACUUUUUCUUUCUAUCCUGCCCCUGAGGGUAAGAGGUAUUUCAAGCUCACAGUGCAUAGACGUCACAGAGAUGUUAUCACCAACUCUUAUAUAGAUCAUGUUAUCAAAAAAGGAAAGGAAAUUGCAGUCAAGAAUCGGCAGAGAAAACUCUACACCAACAAUACCAGCGAUCAAUGGUACGGAUGGAAAGCUACCAAGUGGAGCCAUGUGAUGUUUGAGCACCCUGCAAGUUUCGAUACUCUGGCUAUGGCGACAAAAGAGAAGGAAGGAAUCAAGAAGGAUCUUAAGAAAUUUAGCCAGAGUAAGGACUACUACGCUAAGAUCGGCAAGCCCUGGAAGCGUGGUUAUCUCCUUUAUGGUCCUCCUGGUACUGGGAAAUCAACUAUGAUAGCUGCCAUGGCUAAUUUGUUGAAUUAUGAUGUCUACGAUCUUGAGUUGACCACAGUCAAGGACAACAGUGAGCUCAGGAAGCUAUUGAUCGAGACGACGAGCAAGUCUAUGAUCGUGAUUGAAGACAUAGACUGCUCACUGGAUCUUACCGGUCAGAGAAAGCCAAAGAAGGAGAAAGAGGAAGACGAAGAAGAAGGGAAAGAUCCAAUUUCCAAGAAGAAAAAGGAGGAAGAAGCAGAAAGAAACAAAAGCAGUAAGGUGACUUUAUCUGGGCUACUGAAUUUUAUUGAUGGAAUUUGGUCAGCUUGUGGAGGAGAAAGAAUAAUUGUGUUCACUACAAAUUAUGUGGAAAAGCUUGAUCCUGCUUUAAUCAGAAGGGGAAGGAUGGAUAAGCAUAUAGAAAUGUCUUAUUGUUGCUUUGAAGCAUUCAAAGUUCUGGCAAAAAAUUAUUUAGAUAUCGAAUCCCAUCAACUGUUUGCAACAAUUCAAAACUUGUUGGAGGAAACCAAGAUGACACCAGCUGAUAUAGCUGAGAAUUUGAUGCCAAAGUCAGAUGAUGAAGACGGAGAGACUUGCCUGAAGAAGUUGAUUGCUGCUCUUGAGGAGACAAAAGAGGAAGAAGCAAGAAAGAAGUCUGAGGAAGAAGCAAAAUUGAAAUCGGAGCAAGAAGCGAAAGAACAAGAACAACCAGCUAAAGAAGAUGAGAAGGUUAAGGACAAUGACACAUCUAAAGAAAUCAAAGAGAAUGAUUUGAUCUCAAAUGGGAAGGAAAACAAUUCCAUAUGAAUCUACCAACCAGAUAGAUAUUCAUAAUUGCAGAAGGUAGAUGCAUAAUUGGGUGGUAAUAAAUAAGUUGUUGUAUUCAUAUCUGCUUAUGAUUUCAAAAUUUCCAUGGAGUACCCUGGCCUGGCAUGGCUUGUAAGAGGAACAGUCUAGUUUUA